UGCCAGAUAGCUGGGUGCCGUCGUCCAUUCCUAGAGACUCGUUUCACCAAAUAUUUCAUUGUAAAUAGCAAAAGCUUUUUAGUUAAUCCAGCAAAAAAACUCAACCGCUUCCCCAAUAAACCGCUUACUUUCAAAUAAUCAAUUCAAUUCUCUCUCAACUGCCAUAUAAAUUCAUUAACAUCUCUUGGUUGAUUCGAUUGAUUAGUGGGGUCCCUUCCCUUCUUUCAUCUUCUAACUAUUUUUCUCGAGAAAGUUUCAAAAUUUUCUCGAGAAAGUAAUCCUACCAAGUCCUCUCUUCAACUACAGGUUUGCUCUUCUGUUCGUUCAUGGCGUUGGUUACUCGUUUAAGAUCAGCCUUUUCCCUUACAAAUUUCAGGCGUAUUUUUCAGUUUGGUGGGCCUAGAGAAAUUGAUCUUGGAGCACACACAAUAAAAUCUCAUGGAGCCUCAGUUGCCAGAAACCACAUGCAUGAUUGGCUCAUACUACUUUUACUGGUGGUAAUAGAGAUAAUUCUUCUAACAAUUCACCCUUUUUACCGCUAUGUGGGAAAAGAUAUGAUGGAAGACCUUAGAUACCCCAUGAAAGACAACACUGUUCCCAUUUGGGCUGUCCCUAUGUACACAGUUUUGUUGCCACUUUUUAUCUUUGUCAUGAUCUACCUGCGUAGAAGAGAUGUCUAUGAUCUUCACCACAGCAUUCUUGGCCUAUUAUUUGCGACGCUGAUAACUGCGGUUCUUACUGAUUCGAUAAAAAACGCAGUUGGUAGACCGAGACCUGACUUUUUCUGGCGAUGUUUUCCCGACGGUAAAGAUGAAUAUGAUAAAUGGGGAGAUGUGAAAUGUCAUGGUGUGGCUAGUGUUAUAAAGGAAGGGCAUAAGAGCUUUCCCAGUGGCCAUACUUCAUGGUCGUUUGCAGGGUUAGGCUUUUUGUCGUUGUACUUGUCAGGAAAAAUUCAAGUGUUUGAUCGAAAAGGACAUGUUGCGAAGCUAUGCAUUAUUUUCUUACCUUUGCUGCUUGCAUCUCUAGUUGGUAUCUCCAGAGUCGACGACUAUUGGCACCAUUGGCAAGAUGUCUUUGCUGGAGGCCUACUGGGGCUUGUUGUGGCUACCUUCUGUUAUUGUCAGUUCUUCCCACUCCCUUACCACAAUGAUGGAUGGGGACCCUACGCGUACUUCAGGGCAUUGGAGGAGACGCGUAGUAAUGCUAAUAAUAACACGAACAGAACGAACGAGGUGAAUAAUGCUGCGAAUGCACCGAGCAUGGGAAUGGCGUACCAUCAUCAAGACAUGAAUACACCGCUGAGACCACCUAAUGGUGACGCCUUCAUGGCCUUCUCGGUUGACCAGAAUUCAACUCCAACCUUGGAUGAAUUAGAAUCUGGAAGGAGAUGAUCGAUCAUCCAAAUGUUCAUGUUUAUUUAUGUUUAAAUUUUUGACUCUCAUUGUUGAUUGCUCUUCUGUGUAUGUGUUAAGUUUUUUAGUAGCAUUAUAUAGAUAUAUAUUUAUAGAAAGUAUACUAAACUAAACAUGUGAGAUAGGCUUUUUAUUUUUCUUUUUAAAAAAAAUUGUUAGUGGAAGUAGGUAAUAUGAAGAACUUGCCUUAAAUAACUGAGGAAUUCACAUUUUAUAAAUCAAUGGAUCUAAAAUUUGUUCAUC